AGCGCGGCUGCAACGAGCGGGGCGAGACGCCGCUGCAUGUGGCCGCCAUCAAGGGCGACGUGGCGCGCGUGCGCCGCCUGCUCGCCGCCCACCACGACCCCAACGUGCCGGACUUCGCAGGGUGGACGCCGCUGCACGAGGCGGCCAACCACGGGCACCGCGACGUGGCGGCGGCGCUGCUGGCGGCGGGCGCCUGCGUCAACGCGCGCGGCCUGCACGAGGACACGCCGCUGCACGACGCAGCGCUCAACGGCCACCACGAGGUGGUGCGGCUGCUGCUACAGCGCGGCGCUGACCCGUCGCUGCGCAACCGGCGAGGCAAGGCCGCCAUGGACGUGGCCCAGCCGCACGUGCGCGCGCUGCUGCUGCAGGCCGGCCCGGCCGCAGGUAGGGCGCACCUGCUGCUUACACAACUCCACGGAUGUCCCACAGGCGUAG